AUGACCCGCUCUGACCGUCGACCGGAACUCUACGCGGCUGCUCUAAUACCAUACACUGCCGCAGCUGUUGCGCUAGUACUUCGAAAUGUCGCUCGGCGGAAGACAAGAGUGACUAUGGUAUGGGAGGAUUACCUGUCUAUCGUGGCCUUCGCCAUAGGAACUGGGUUCACGUUUAUCAGCCUCUUCAAGACACGAUGGGGUUUUGGGCUCCCAAUGAAAGACAUCCACCUACCUGUGGAGGAGAUCGUACACCACUACUUUGUGGACCUCUGGGCAGAUAUGUGGCUUUACACGUUUUCUGUUGGCCUCAGCAAGUUCGUCAUCCUUGGCUUUUACUGGCGAAUGUUCUCUCUGUCGAUGAUACGAUGGCCUAUUCGGAUACUCUCUCUGCUCUCGGCAGGCUGGAUCAUAGCAAGAAUCGCACUCAUCUGUCUCCAGUGCACACCGAUUCGCAAAUUCUGGGACUCGGACCUACCUGGCACAUGCCCGCUUACACCUAUGAUGUCGCUAUUUGGUGCGGGCAUACCGCACUUCGUUAUCGAGCUUGCAAUCUUGAUAUGCCCACUGUUUGAGAUUUGGAAGUUACACCUACCAAUCAAACGCAAACUUGCAGUAGCAGUCAUGUUCAGUGCAGGUAUUGCGGUAUGUAUCUCGGCCUUGAUGACAAUCAUCCACACCCUCGCGCUCGACAAGAAAAUGGACAAAGACCUUACAUGGGAUGGAGUUGAAGAUCAAAUAUGGGCAGUCUGUGACGUCAACCUUGCGUCAUUUGCAACGUCACUUCCUCUGCUCCGCCCCGUCUUCCGUUCGUUCGGCGGCUUCUUCAGCACAGUAAAGGCUACAACAGUGCCAUCCCAGAACUACAAAGGCACUGGAUCAGCGCCUACAUACGGAAGCACCCCCAUACAUCGUGGAAGCAGCCCAGACUCAGACUCGGAAUUGGGGUUUGCUGAUGAGGGCGGCCUCAUGAGUGGCAGUGAGCUUGCUGGCUCGAGCAAGACUUUUGUCAUGCAUGAGAUUAAACCCAGCAAUUUGAACAAUGAUCCACAAGAGCAGCAUGGUAUACACGUCCGAAACGAGACGAAAAUCGUGUAUCAUGACGCAUAG